AUGCUGGAUGAAAAUAAUAAGAUUUAUGUGAUCAGAGUAUGGAUGGCAGAGCAGAAAAUAUCAUAUGAUAAGAAGAAACAAGAAGAAUUGAUGCAACAGUAUCUGAAAGAACAGGAAUCCUAUGAUAACAGGUUGCUUAUGGGAGAUGAGCGUGUGAAGAAUGGUCUUAAUUUCAUGUACGAGGCCCCACCUGGGGCAAAGAAAGAGGAAACUAAAGAGCAAGAAGGAGAGACUGAAUACAAAUUUGAAUGGCAAAAAGUUGCCCCUCGAGAAAAAUAUGCUAAGGAUGAUGUGAACAUCAGAGAUCAGCCAUUUGGUAUCCAGGUGCGAAAUGUGAGAUGUAUUAAAUGCCACAAGUGGGGUCAUGUCAACACAGAUCGAGAAUGUCCCUUGUUUGGCCUUUCUGGAAUUAACGCAAGUUCAGUCCCCAGCGAUGGUUCAGGGCCAUCAAUGCACCCCUCGGAGCUAAUAGCGGAGAUGAGAAACAGUGGGUUUGCACUGAAACAAAAUGUACUGGGGAGAAACUUGACCGCAAAUGAUCCGUCACAGGAGUUUGUUGCAAGUGAAGGAGAUGAUGAUCCAGAAGUUGAAUUUUUAAAAUCACUGUCAACUAAACAAAAACAGAAGCUUUUAAGGAAGUUGGAUCGUCUGGAGAAGAAAAAGAAAAAGAAAGACAAAAAGAAGAAAAAGCAGCAAAAGAAAAAAAGCAAAAGUAAACACAAGAAACAUAAGAUGAAAUCCUCUUCCUCAUCCUCCAGUGAGACUUCAGUGAGCAGCAGUGAUAGCGAGACUGACAGCAGAGAUAAAGCAGCACAAAAGAAGAUGUAUUCUAAGAAAAGAAAAAAAGCCAAGUUUUCAGAGUCUAGCAGCAGCAGCAGCAGCGAUUCAGAAGGAAAGGCAAAGAUGAGGAAGGAAAAACUUUCUGAAGAUCUCUCCAGUAGUCACGGUAACAAGGACAAAGACAGGGAGAAGUACAGACUUUCAAAGCAAGAUGGUUCUGCAGAGAAAAACAAAUUGAGCUCCUAUGAGGUGGAAAGAAAGUCUGAAAGCAGGUACCAUAGCACCGGCAGGAGAGAGACUGAAAGAAAGGAGAGGGCUAGGAGAAGCCAAAGCAUGGAUGAGGGGAGCAGGAGGAGCCCCUGCACAAGUCACAGCAGCUCCAGGCAAAGGCAAAUAAGAAGAAGUCCAAGUCAAAGCCCUGGUGAAGAGCGGCACAGGAGAAAUGAAACCAGAAGCCCCAGCACAGACAUGCACAGAGAGAAGAAAAAAUGUAGAGAGAGCUAUGGGGACAAGUGCACUAAGGUGGAACAUAGGGAAAGGAGCAGACGCAGUAGAAGCAGAAGCAGAGACAGGAAGAAAACCAGAUAGCGUAGAGGACAGGUGCAAGCAAGAAUCUCUCCACUUUUUGGUGAAUACCUUUAACAAGGGCUCAGUUAUGUAUUGCUCUUCAUUUUCCAGCCUCUGUAACUAGCAUUUCCUGCAUAAAGCCAACAGCAUCAUUUCUAUGAUGUUGGAGUAUUUGUAAAUUAGGUAUAAAUGUUAUGGUAUUUUUCUUACUGUAUAAAU